AUGGAUUCUUCAAGUUUGGCCGAGCUAAAUGCCAUCCUAGCUAGCUUGCCUGUUGAUGGGGACUACAACCUGCAGGUUGGGGUGGCUGGGCAGAUUGGCUUUGCACGAACACACCAAGGGCAUUUGUAUGUGGCCAGCGGUCAGGCCUCGUCGCCACGAACUACGUUGCGCUUCGAGUCAACGGAAACGGUGCAGCGUCUCAUAGCAGGCGGAAAGCGAGCUGCGCUGCCUCUUGUAGCACGUGGCCACCUGCGAGUUGAGGGUGACCUUGGGCAGUUGGAGGCGGAUCUUACGGCAAAGACGAUUUGUUUGAGGAACCCAGGAUGA